GCUGGGCUGGGCUGGCUGCAGGAGAACCUCUGCGAAAGCGGCAGCAGCGGCUGCAGCGGCUGCGCCCCGCUUUCCCAGCGCACCCCGCUUUCCCAGCGCGCGCCCAGCUAGCUGGCCGCUGCACACGCGGGGCGGUGCCGAGGCGGCCGGAGCCGCUGCAACCUCGGCAGCAGACAGAAGGGAGGCCGCCCCGGAGCGAUCGCGGGGCCCCGGGGCCCCCAAGUUCCCGCCAUGAGCCGGCUCGGAAGCCCCCGAGACUCGCAGCCCGCCGUGCGCCCCCGGAGACCUCUCCAAGCCUGACUCCAGCCGCUCCAGACGCGCGCCCCGGGCCCCGCAGCCUCCCCGCAGCAGCAGCAGCAGCAUGUCUCGGAGGAAAAUCUCCUCCGAGUCCUUCAGCUCGCUCGGCUCCGACUCCCUGGAGCCCCCCGAGCCCCUGGAGCCCAGCCUGGAGGAUGACAGCGAGUGCCCCCUGGCCAGGCUCUAUUGGAACGGCAGCCGCAGCCCGCCCCGCGCGCCCGCCGCCCCGGCCCUGGCAUCGGUGCCCGGCGCCUCCUCUUCCUCCUCCGCCGCCUCUGCCACCGCUGCCACCGCUGCCACGGCCACCGCGGGCACCCGGAGGGCGCAGCGUCGCCGGAGGGUGAACCUGGACUCCCUGGGCGAGAGCAUCAGCCGCCUGACUGCGCCCCCGCCUCAGACGAUACAACAAACUCUCAAGAGGACCUUGCAGUAUUAUGAACAUCAAGUUAUAGGUUAUAGAGACACAGAAAAGAAUUUCCACAAUAUUUCUAACAGAUGCUUCUAUGGAGACCAUUCCAACAAAGAAGAAAUUGAAGACGUCUUUGGAAUUCUUCAGUGUACUGCUAAUGUGCUCGGUUUGAAGUUCGAGGAGCUCCAAGAACGCUUCGGGGAGGAAUUCUUCACUGUGUGUUUUGAUGAGAACGAGCGAGUCCUCCGAGCUGUGGGUGGCACAUUGCAGGACUUCUUCAACGGCUUCGAUGCCUUGCUAGAGCACAUUAGAACUUCUUUUGGGAAACAGGCCACUCAAGAGGCCCCCUCCUUCCUGUGCAAAGAGCUCCCUGAGGGUGCACUGAGGCUCCACUGCUUCCAUCCGCACCAGAUUGUGGGCUUUGCCAUGCUGGGCAUGAUCAAGGCCGCAGGGAAGAAGAUCUACCAGCUGGACUUGGAUGUGGAGCAGGUGGUGAGUGAGAAGACAUGCUCUGAUGGGACAAACCCAGGCAACUGCAGCUGUCUGACAUUCCACAUCCAAGAACGUGGGAACACCAAUGCCAGGAAGAACUUGCCCAUGGGCACCUCCCAAGUGCCCGGGGACCUGCGGAUCAGCAUCAGCACCUUCUGCAGGGCCUUCCCUUUCCACUUGAUGUUCGACCCCAGCAUGGCCGUGUUGCAGCUCGGGGAAGGCCUGAGGAAGCAGCUCCGCUGCGACAUCCACAAAAUGCUCAAGUUCGAGGACUGCUUUGAGAUCGUGUCGCCAAAGGUGACUGCCACCUUCGACAGGGUCCUGUUGCGGCUGUCCACGCCUUUUGUGAUUCGGACCAAGCCUGAGGCUUCUGGCACUGAAAACAAGGACAAGGUGAUGGAAGUCAAGGGCCAGAUGAUUCAUGUCCCAGAAUCUGACUCUAUUCUCUUCCUGGGCUCCCCAUGCGUGGACAAACUGGAUGAGCUCAUGGGACGUGGGCUGCAUCUCUCAGACAUUCCUAUCCAUGAUGCCACCAGGGACGUCAUUCUGGUGGGAGAGCAGGCCAAGGCCCAGGAUGGCCUGAAGAAGAGAAUGGAUAAGCUCAAGGCCACCCUGGAAAAAACGCACCAGGCUCUGGAAGAGGAGAAGAAGAAGACAGUGGAUCUACUCUACUCCAUUUUCCCAGGCGACGUGGCCCAGCAGCUGUGGCAGGGCCAGCAGGUCCAGGCCAGAAAGUUUGAUGACGUCACCAUGCUGUUUUCUGACAUCGUGGGCUUCACAGCCAUCUGUGCGCAGUGCACGCCCAUGCAGGUGAUCAGCAUGUUGAAUGAGCUCUACACGCGCUUCGACCAUCAGUGCGGCUUCCUGGACAUCUAUAAGGUGGAAACAAUAGGGGAUGCUUACUGCGUGGCUGCAGGACUGCACAGAAAAAGCCUCUGCCACGCCAAACCCAUUGCCCUGAUGGCCCUGAAGAUGAUGGAGUUGUCGGAAGAAGUACUGACCCCAGAUGGCAGGCCCAUCCAGAUGAGGAUUGGCAUUCACUCGGGUUCUGUGCUGGCUGGAGUUGUGGGAGUGAGAAUGCCUAGAUAUUGCCUCUUUGGAAACAAUGUCACUCUGGCAAGCAAAUUUGAGUCAGGAAGUCACCCUCGCCGCAUUAAUGUCAGCCCAACUACAUACCAAUUACUGAAGCGGGAAGAAAGUUUCACAUUUGUUCCUCGGUCCCGGGAAGAGCUUCCAGACAACUUCCCAAAGGAAAUCCCUGGAAUCUGCUAUUUCCUGGAGCUCAGGACUGGUCCCAAGCCGUUGAAGCCUUCUCUCUCCUCCUCCAGAAUCAAAAAGGUUUCCUACAACAUCGGCACCAUGUUCCUCCGGGAGACCAGCCUCUGAGAAGCAGCAGGUCACAAAGACUUCUCCAAAAAGCACAAGCCCAAACCUCGGGUCACGACAGGAAGGUGGAGAAAGGCUGCCUUGAUGCCAACAGGCAGUGGAAUCGGGUUCUGUCAGGCAAUAAUCCCAGGAGGGGUGGGUGAGGGUGCCCGUGGCCGGGCUGUGCCCACCGUCUCCCUGUGCAUCACAUGUGCAGACCUGCAUCCUUGCGUUCUAGACAUCGGCUGUGAUGGUCCAUUCCUACAUUUAGUGAGUCUGUGUGAGGAAUCUUUUCUAAUUUUGUUUUUUCGAACAGACAUUUCAUACAUAAUGGCAGUGUGGUAAACUAACUUCCCAGCGGCAAGAACUAUAACUCAACAAAGUAUUUUAGGGAUAUUAACCUAUUUUUAUACACAUUUCUUCUUCUAGAUAAUGACAUUUCACAUAUUCGAUUUUGAGGCUCUGCUCUUGUGUCGUUACAAUGUAUGUAAACCUAACUGCUUAAUCUAAUAUAGUUUCACUUAUGUAGUGCUUGGAUUGAAAAAUACUUAUAACCAAGGAUUCCAGAUGCAGAGAAAGCAAUGUAUGUUUGCUUAGUAAAUAUAUCUUUUAGCUUUAAUUAAUGUCGCUACUUUAAACUAUGAAAUCCAGAGGGACUGACAUUUCCCAAUGGUUGUGUUUUGCCAUCUCCUAACAAGUACCAGUUAAAAUGAAGUUCUUUGUUACAUAGGCCCAUUCUGAACUUAACACUUAGAAGUAUUUUUCCAAUCAUACUAAACUGUAUUCUACUGAAUCUUGCAAAAUGACACAUUACUUAUCCCCUUUCACCUCCCCAGGGAGGCCUGGAUAUGGCAACAGUGAAAGGAGGUGUGUAACACCUUACUAAGAAUGGUGUUUCCUUUUGCAUAAUUCAAAGCGAAGGGAGACAUGUGUUCAUGGUUUUUAGACUUAAAAAUAUCCUGCUUGGUAUGGGUUUUCAAAUCAGUGGUUCCCCUUCGUCAACAGUGACGUAGGUCUCACACCCAGACUCAGCGGUUAAACCGAAGCUCCUUCACAUGUUCUGCUGAAAGAAACAUCGCGUGAAAAUAUUACCAACUUCCCCUGAAAGGAAGAGCACUGUGCUCAGAGUUCUCCUUUUUUGGGAUCGUAUAGAAAGUUUUUCUGUUGAGGUCACUGAGCACUUGUUUCCAGGUCGGGGAGAGUUUCCUUCCUUCAGUGACGCUCUCAUUGGUAGCUGGUAUCCACUGAUUACAUUUUUCUUUUUCUGGGCAGGGAUUUUGAUUCUGACAAGAGAGAGUUGACUAGUGACCAGGGUAAGGCUGAGUCUCCUUCAUUUCUGCAAGUGUCUGUAGAAUGUUGCUUCUGUUCUUGCCGUUGGCUACAAAGUCGACUGGGCCAGGGCUCUUCAUCAGGAGAAGUCGAACCUGAGGCCCAAGGUGCUAUCAUGGAAGUAUCUCCUUCAGAAGGGAUACUGGGUAGAGUCAUAGUUAAUGUGAAAAGACCAAGGCUAGGAGCAUGUCACCAUUCCUCACAGGCAAUACUUGAGCUAUGCUAGUGGGUCUUUGGAACAUGAGAAGUGUCACUCUGACAGCGAACCAGGACAACCAGUCACUGUCUUGUGGUAAUGUGUGUCAUGUCCAGAGGCUGAACAAAACAUAAGAGAACCACCCAGUCUUUUCCCCUCUUUUUGUGAAAGUUUGUCUAAACAACCACUCUAUAAGCAUCUAUUAUGCUUCUCUAUUUUUGAGUAUAUUUGGAAAGCAUUUGUGAAAAUCCAUUUCAUUUUCAUUUUCAUAAUAAGGCCCAAGAUAAGACGUGUGUAUACAUUUAAUUUGUCAGGUG